AUGGCCGCCACAUCUCCAGCUGUGGAAGCGCUCAUCAACUUCUGCAACGAACCUGAACCAGACCGCCAACAUGACACUGCGCCGUAUGACACGGAGCGGCUGGACGAGCUUGGCUUGAUCGCAUAUGAAGAGGGCGACCCACUCAUCAGGAACAUCCUCGCCAGUGCCUCCUUCGAGAGCAUUAUGGAAGGGUUCGUGUGCCACAACGAGCAAGAAUACGUUGACCUGGAGGAGCUUGCAUACAAACUCAAGAACCGAACGUCCAUCCCUCGACACGUUGGCAUCGACUUCUGCAGUGAAUGCAACAACAUGCUGCAUCCUGCGGAGAGCGCCGACCGAACCCGCCUCGUCUUCAAGUGUCGCAGCUGUCAGAAUGAGGUGGAGAGGGCAAACGCAUUCUGCGUGUAUGUCAACAACAUCAGCGAGGAUAUCGAGAGCUUAACGCGCAUGAACCCGGACGUGAUUGCGGACCCGACGCUCCCACACUCCCGCUCCAAGCCGUGCCCGCAGUGCGCACAUGAGGACGCCGUGUACUUCCAGGCCCAAGUCAACCGCGAAAAGUCGAACAUGCAACUGUUCUACGUUUGUUGCCAAUGCCGCCAUCAAUGGCGCGAUCACGUCGAAAAGCCAGACGACACCGCAGAUGACGGAGAAGUACCAGGAUACUGA